CACCCCACAAAACGCAACUGUUACACAAUUUUUUCUCACAGUAUCUUUUCAAUACUUGUCAGCAUUUUCAAUAAAAGUGCAAGAAUAUCGAUCUAAACGACUAAUAACUAAAGAGCCAGAAUGGUGGUAAGAACAUAUCAAGAUGAACUCAAAUAUCUGGAGAGGAUCAACUCGGUGACAUGGCGCAUCAAGAAAGGCUUUGUGGAAAACAUGAAUGUGGAAGGCAUGUUCUUCGUGAAUGAGUUCCUGGAGAAGUUGAUGUUUGAUGAGCUGAAGCAGUCUUGUCGUUCUGGGGGCUUCGGGGGCUUCCUGCCUGGCAUGAAGCAGAUUGGCAAUGUGGCGGCACUCCCUGGGAUAGUCGGGAAAUCUAUUGGUUUACCAGAUGUGCAUAGUGGGUACGGAUUUGCAAUUGGAAACAUGGCAGCCUUUGACAUGGCAGAUCCCAACUCUGUCAUUUCGCCAGGUGGGGUUGGCUUUGACAUAAACUGUGGAGUGCGACUCCUGCGGACCAACCUCACAGAGAAAGACGUGCUGCCAGUGAGGGAACAACUGGCUCAGAGCCUGUUUGAUCAUAUCCCUGUAGGCGUGGGAUCCAAGGGGAUCAUCCCAAUGAAUGCCAAAGACUUGGAGGAGUGUUUGGAGAUGGGAAUGGACUGGUCCCUACGGGAAGGUUACAGCUGGGCUGAAGACAAGGAGCACUGCGAGGAGUACGGGCGCAUGUUGCAGGCGGACCCUUCCAAAGUUAGCCCUCGGGCAAAGAAAAGGGGCCUUCCACAGCUGGGCACACUGGGAGCUGGAAACCACUAUACGGAGAUUCAGGUGGUAGAUGAGAUAUUCGAUGAGUAUGCGGCCAAGAAGAUGGGAAUUGAGUUCAAGGGACAGAUCUGUGUGAUGAUCCACUGCGGCAGUAGAGGGCUCGGCCACCAGGUGGCAACAGAUUCCCUGGUUGUCAUGGAGAAAGUGAUGAAGCGUGACAACAUCCUCACUAACGACCGUCAGCUAGCCUGCGCAAAGAUUAACUCUCCAGAGGGUCAGGACUACCUCAAGGGCAUGGCGUCAGCCGCUAACUACGCCUGGGUCAAUAGGUCAAGUAUGACCUUCCUGGCAAGACAGGCAUUUGCAAAGAUGUUUGAAUCGACGCCAGAUGACCUUGACAUGCACAUCAUCUACGACGUGUCUCACAACAUCGCCAAAGUGGAAGAACAUUUCCUGGACGGCAAGCAAAAGACGCUCUUGGUUCACAGGAAGGGAUCUACACGGGCUUUCCCGCCACACCAUCCGCUCAUUCCUGUGGAUUAUCAGUUGACAGGUCAGCCUGUGUUGAUAGGCGGCACCAUGGGCACAUGCAGUUACGUUCUGACAGGAACGGAGCAAGGAAUGAACGAGACCUUUGGCACAACCUGUCAUGGAGCUGGUCGAGCAUUAUCGAGGGCCAAGUCGAGGCGUAACCUUGACUACAUGGAUGUGUUGAAUGCUCUGGAGGAGAAGGGUAUCAGCAUCAGAGUGGCAUCACCAAAACUAGUCAUGGAAGAGGCUCCAGAGUCCUAUAAAAAUGUGACAGACGUGGUGGACACAUGUCACAUAGCGGGCAUAAGUAAGAAGGCUAUAAAAUUACGACCUAUUGCUGUCAUCAAAGGGUGAAAUCAAGGCAUGGAAUUAUACAUUAAAAAUAAAAAUAAAAGUGGACCUGGCAUUUCCCGCCUGGCAUGAGUCUGUACUGCUAAUACAGGGGCUGUUUUGCUGAUUAAAUCAAUCAGGCUGGCAAAAACAAUUGAUUCACAGAUUUUGUCUGCAAAAAACAUGCGUCAAAUAUGUACUUAUAAUUCAUUGAAAGGUGCCUUUUCAUAGGUUUUGACAUGAAUUGAAGUUUUUCAUUAAAUGCUUUUUAUUGAUAAAUGUAAACAUUGGAUCUAAAAAGCACCAGUAAAAAAUCAAGAAUAAAAUUCAAAAAAGAAAUAAAAGAAACCCUCAACAAGGCUCGAACCACUGAGUCGACUGACCCCUGGAGUCCUGGAGUAUAAGUCUACCACUUAGACCACUCAGCCAUCCUUGCUCUUACAAUGGUGGAUGUAUUUUAUACUUUAUAUAAGCAAUCCUCAUAGUUUCAGAAAAUAUAACGACAACAACCGAACUCUCCAAAUUAUUCAAUCGUUUCUCGUUGCAAAGCUUUAUAAUUUUCAGGUUUUUACAUCGUCAAAAGAUUCAUAUAAUGGGUAUUUUAGAGCAUGGUAAAUGUUCAGUAUUACUGUUUCCUCACAAAUAUCAUAACUUAAACGAAAAUUUGCAAAUCUCAAACAACUUUUUUUAAUUUUGUCAAUUUACCAAAACGUGAAAAGGCCCCUUUCAUACACUUCAGCCAUUUUUGAUUCAGUGCCAGAAGAUGUACGAAGUCAAAGUUUAUACUGUGGCGUGGGCUUUAUUAUUGUUAAUGAUUUGGUAUGUUUUAAUUAUGCUGAACUAUGCUUAAAAAAGCUAAAGACACAAACAAUUUGAAUAUUAUGUGCUUAUCUAUGCAAUACAAGGUAGCUGUAUGUAUGUGUUGUUUACCCCCAUUUUUUCCUGCGUGAAUAACGGUUUAUUAUGCUCCCCCAAAAUUUUUUGGGAGAGCAUAUAGUCGCCGUUUCGUCUGUCCGUGCCCUCGUCCGUGCACAUUUUUUGUCCGGGCUAUUUCUCAGCAAUUAAUGACCGGAAUUCAAUUAAACUUUAUGGGAAGCUUCACUACCCAGAGGAGAUGCGCAUAUUAUCAGCCAGUUCUGGUCGGAUGAUUUUUCAUAGAGUUAUGGCCCUUUGAAAUUUUCCAUUAACUGUACAUAUAGUGCAAUUCUUGUCCGUUCUAUUUCUCAGCAACUAAUGACAGGAAUUCAAUGAAACUUUAGUUAUGACUCUUUGAAAUUUUCCAUUAACUGUACAUAUAGUGCAAUUCUUGUCCGGGCUAUUGCUCAGCAACUAAUGACCGGAAUUCAAUGAAACUUUAUGGGAAGCUUCACUACCAAAAGGAGAUGUGCAUAUUAUCAGCCGGUUCUGGUCGGAUGAUUUUUCACAGAGUUAUGGCCCUUUGAAAUUUUCCAUUAACUGUACAUAUAGUGCAAUUCUUGUCCGGGCUAUUUCUCAGCAACUAAUGACCGGAAUUCAUUGAAUCUUUAUGGGAAGCUUCACUACCUUGAGGAGAUGCGCAUGUUAUUUGUGGGUUCUGGUUAGAUGAUUUAUUUAGAGAGUUAUGGCCCAAAUUUUUAAGUUGCUAAACCAUGCAUCGUAUUAUUUUGUCCAAAGUUAUGCCCCUCAAGACGUUUCCUUUUAUCUGAAUAUAUAGUGCAAUAUUGUGACAAAAAAAACUUAAGGGAGCAUCACCCGUCUCCGACGGUUUCUUGUUUUUUUUGUACGAAACUGUUUUGGGAUAUGAGAAAUACCUUAUGAUUAUGUCACAAUAUAUAAAUUUAUGAUAAGGAUUAUAGUGUUAAAUCCGGAUUCAAGUAAUACAUUAUUGUUUAAUGUUGAGUAUUUAAAGAGGAUUUAAAUAGGUACAACUUGUAAUUGCCAAUCAUUGCACAACAUUGAUUUACCUUUAAUGGUGUACUUGUUUAAUGUUUGUUAUGAUGUGUUGAUUUUGUUCGAAUGAUCAUCAUGGUUUACAAACUUGUAAAUGUUUAUUACAAAAAUAAAUAAAAUGGGUUUUAUAA